UUGUUGUUUUGUAAUGACGCAUGGGUGGGGCUCAUUAUUAUGCAGAACUGGUUACGCCCAUCGCCCAUCUCUCAAGAUCCAGUUCUGCAGCAGCAAUGGUUGAAUGGCAGUACUUCGCUAUCCCGGCUCUCUGUGUGGUUGUGAUCCUCCUUUUCUUGGUUUUACUGGUAGCAAUGCUCCUCUGCCUAAGAAAAAGGGAGAUGCUGUGCUUCAAGAGCCGGAGACGAAAAAGGACAAGAGGGGGCGACGAGGAAACUCGUUUUACAAACAUUUAUUCUAAAGAGGAGGAAAGGAGACCCAUGGGCCUCAAGAGGAGACGCCAGCAUUUUGCAGACCCGUUUGCAAACCGUUUCUCAGACCCAUUCUUCAUGGACCAAGGACUAGAGAACUUUGACAUCUCGCAGUGGGACAAUCCUUUGUUUGAUGCUAAAGGUGCCAGGGAGAGGGAGGCAGCAAUCACAAUACAGACAUGGUGGAGAAUGGUCAGAGCAAGAAUAUAUUUCUUGGAAAUGAGAGAAAUUGCAAUCAUUUUUCAAAAAUGCUGGAGAGGAAAGCAAGAGAGAAAGAAUCUUCCGUAUUACAAAAAGGAAAAGAACGAGAGAGAGCAAAGACGAAAGAAGGAGCCUGGCUACAUCAAAAACAAGGGGACUCUAUCAGCUCUCAAGUUCUAUGAUGUUAAAGGCUAUGGGUUCUGUGAGGUCCAGCAGUUGUACGGACAAGAGACCAUGCACAAAGCAGCCGAGCAGCUAAGGAGUCUUUAUGGAGGAAAAGGGCAGAGACGAUUUAAACUUUUCAUAUCCGUCAAAGCUGUUGUGCUAUAUGACCACAGCACUUGGGAUCACUUUGCCACUGUCAAGAUGUCAACCAUUUCUUUCUGUUCCCUUGACUUCAAGAACAAGAAGCUCUUUGCUUUCAUUAACAUGAAGAAGAAACGGAAAUUCUGUCACGUAUUCCAAUGCCAUGAAGGAGAUGCACAAAAACUUGUAGAGACAAUGGGUGAAGCGUUUGAAGUUACUUUCAAGCAAGAGAAACAAAAGAAAGAGGAGGAAAGACUGAAAGAAAAACAAAGACAAGACUUUCGUCGAAGUGCACUUGAUUUAGAUAAAGAGGUCGACCAGAUGAUGAAACUAGCCGAGUCAGCGUCCAUAGCAGCAACCCCUAGUCUCACACACAGAGGAAUAGGAGUGGAAGGAGGAGGGAUGAUACUAGGAGGAGACUCAAGUCCCAAUACAAAAUCCUACCAUUCUCUGGAUCAUGCAUACCAGUAUGAUCAGUACCAGUACGAUCAGAGGUAUCACGGGAUGAUGACGCCAAGAGGACGAUCAAAGUCAAGCACUGACUCUCCGUUACUCGUCUCUCAAAGGAUCCCUCACUACUUUGAACAGCAAAGACACUUUAGCUCAUUGGACAGAGGUUUGGACGAUAUUGAGAGGCAACAUGAAAUGGAAGUUCUUCAAGGACGACAAAGAGCAAGAACUUUGAUAUAAGACAUCACUUCCACACU